GACAACAUUGCGCUAAACACGGGGCCAUGAAAAUUUCGUUUGCAAAGCUGUUUGUGCUUGCAUUGCUGGUUGGUUGUGCUGCCAGCAAAGAAGAAGAGUCAAAGAAGAUUGAAAAAGAUUCUGAAGCUGCAGAAAGUAAAGUUGAAGGAGAAAAGAAACACGAGAAAAGAGGAUUAUAUAGCUCCGAAGGACAUUAUGGAGGCGAUUAUGGAGGCGGUUACGGAGGUGGUUACGAAGGACUUUUUGAAAGUCAUGAGAUCUCCAGUUUCGGUGAUCAUGGAAGUUAUGGAGGCCAUGAGGAAUCGGGAGGAUCCCUCGGAGGAUCUCAUGAAUCUUACGGUCAUGAAGAAAAAAUAAAAGAAAUAACGAUAGUGAAAAAUGUCAAGGUGCCUUAUCCAGUCGAAAAGAAAGUUCAUUAUCCAGUGGAAAAAGAAGUUCCGUAUCCAGUCAAGGUCCCCGUGCCUGAACCAUACCCCGUCGAGAAAAAAAUUCCGGUUCCCUACAAAGUCUACGUAAAGGUGCCAGUACAUAUUCCAGCACCAUAUCCAGUGGAGAAAAAAGUUCAUUACCCGGUGCAUGUACCUGUGGAGCGACCUGUACCUUACAAAGUUUACGUACCACAACCAUAUCCAGUUGAAAAGAAGGUUCACUACGCAGUUAAAGUGCCUGUGCCUCAGCCAUACCCUAUCGAGAAACAUGUGCCUGUACCUGUUAAAGUUCCAGUUCAUGUUCCUCAACCUUAUCCAGUGGAAAAAACUAUUCCCUACCCCGUCAAAGUUCAUGUUGACAGACCCUACCCUGUUCAUAUUAUCAAGCCUUAUCCUGUACCAGUUGAAAAACAUGUACCCUAUCCAGUUGACAAGCCUGUCCCUUACCCAGUUAAAGUACAUGUAGAGAAACCAGUACCUGUCCCUGUAGAGAAGCCAGUCCCUGUACCUGUAAAGGUUCCAGUUCCAGCUCCUUACCCAGUUGAGAAAAAAGUACCAUAUCCUGUAGAAAAACCAGUACCUUAUCCAGUUAAAGUGCAUGUAGACAGGCCAGUCCCUGUUCAUGUUACAAAGCAUGUACCAGUUCAUGUACCUAAACCUGUACCUUAUCCCGUAAAAGUACCAGUUCCUUACAAGGUUGAACACAAACAUGAAUAUGAACAUCAUGAACAUCAUGAACAUCAUGAGCACCAUGAACCUGCACAUUACGAUAUCUCAAGUAGUGGUGGAGACUUUGGAGGACAUGGAGGACAUGAGUCUCAUGGAAGUUAUGAAUCUCAUAGUUUUUAAUGAUCAUCUUCGUAAAUAAUCGACGGUAGUUAGGUAAAAUAAUCAAGGCUACUGAGGAUUGCUUGAUAGCUUACGAAAUAAGCGAGGGUGUGGUUGUCAUUUGAUGACACAUAGGAAAAUUAUUUUAUAGUUGAAGAAGCUAUUGAUUAUAAAGAAUUUUGACACACCCAAGUGAUAUGAUCAAUUAAAUUUCUAAUUAAUGUAGAAUCUAUUUUUUGACUGAGAAAACCUGUUGUUAACUAUCGUUGUUAUAAAAACGAUGUAU